GCUCGGCGUCCUCCGUUUCUGGGGAAAACAAUUGCACUUAUAAAUAGGCGCAUAAUCAGAGCUCUCUUUCUCUCUCCGUAUCACAUACACACACGUGUACACACACACACACACUGGCCAGCAGGCAUGUGGGGAGAGGCAGAACUACCAAGCAGGAAGGAAGGAGCGACUCGAUGUGAUGGAGCAACAGGACAAAGCUCAGACUGGAGACAUGUACAAGUUUGAGAAAUCCGGGAGCAGAUCUCUGAAGACGAUGUUUGUGUUUUAAAGAAAAAGAAGACGGAAAGCGAGAAAGAAGGGAAAAAAAUCAAUCUAAGCAUCAUUUCAGGAGGAUGAAACUACUGUCAUACUUUCAGCUACUGAGCGGACAACAAAGCAAAGAGAAUGCAUGAGGAGAAGGAAGUGCUGAUCGCCGAUGCAACACAGAUCUGAGCUUACACCGCCUCCCUGUCCAGCUACAGAACGUUAAUGGUUGGAACUGCCCGUCCCAACCUACAUUACUGCCCUUGCAGACACAGCCUGAUGAUCACCGGCGCCAUGGGAGCGGUGCGGGUCAACAGAUACAGCAUCGUUUCCACUGACGAAGAUGCCCUGAAGAUCUCCACCUUGGGCCUCCACAAUGGCCACAGUCCUCUGACUCAGCAGACCUUAUCAGCGGCCUGCAUGCGAGGUGAAGAAGGAGGUGGAGGAGGGGAGUGUCUGACAAGCGACGAAGGACGGGGAGCGUUGGCGUUAAGGAUAACAAAAGAGCCCAUCGUCCACAACAGCUGCCGGGCUUCGCCGCUGUGCCACCUGGAGCUGGACCUGGCCGGCAGUCAGACACGCAGCCGCUUUGUGAAGAAGAACGGCCAGUGUAAUGUGGUCUUCAACAACAUGGAGGAUAAACCUCGGCGGUACUUAGCUGAUAUUUUCACCACCUGUGUGGACAUUCGCUGGCGCUACUUGCUGCUCAUCUUCACCAUGACCUUCCUCCUGUCCUGGCUCCUCUUUGGCCUGAUCUUCUGGGGUGUGGCGCUGGCUCAUGGCGACUUUGACCUGCACAUCCCCGUGCAUGAUGAGGAUCCACCAAGCACGGCAGAUGAAGAAAAAGAGGAGUGGCGGCCUUGCAUUCUCCACAUCCAGGGCUUCAUAGGGGCGUUCCUCUUCUCCAUUGAGACCCAGACCACCAUUGGGUAUGGGUUCCGGUGCGUCACCGAGGAGUGUCCCAUCACUGUGUUGACAGUGGUGGUCCAGUCCAUUGUGGGCUGCAUCAUCGAUUCCUUCAUGAUUGGAACCAUCAUGGCCAAGAUGGUGCGCCCCAAAAAGAGGGCGCAGACCUUACUGUUCUCGCAUCACGCCGUCAUCGCUCUGCGGGACGGAAAGCUGUGCCUCAUGUGGCGCCUGGGGAACAUGCGCAAGAGCCACAUCGUUGAGGCCCACGUGCGUGCCCAGCUCAUCAGGCCCUACGUGACAGCGGAGGGCGAGUACCUCCCUCUAGAACAGACUGACAUUGACGUUGGCUACGACGAUGGCCUGGAUCGACUAUUCCUUGUGUCGCCACUGGUGGUCGUGCACGAGAUCAACAAGAACAGUCCUCUGUACAACCUGAGCCGCAGUGACCUUCAGAAGGAAGACUUUGAGAUCGUAGUCAUCCUGGAAGGGAUGGUGGAAGCCACAGCCAUGACCACACAGGCCCGUAGCUCCUACUUAGCCAGAGAGAUCCUUUGGGGUCACCGCUUUGAGCCUGUGGUGUUAGAAAAGGGUGACCGAUACCACGUGGACUACUCCCGCUUCCAUAAGACCUACGAAGUGCCAUCCACACCUCAGUGCAGCGCCAGGGAGCUCAGCCAGAUGAAGGAUCGGAGUGGGCAGUCCUCCACCUCCAGCUCCAGCUACUCUCGCUCCCCAUCUCUGUUCGCCCCGAGACUGGCCCGACACCUGCAAGGCUCCCACUCCCCCAGCGCCUUCUGCUACGAAAACGAGGUGGCGUUGUGCUGUGGAGACGACGCCGACGAUGAGAAGAAGGACACAGAGGGUCUAAACCUGAGGAGCAGCAGAGAUGUGACGAUAGAUUUUAAGGGGACGUUCGUGAAGGAGCAGGCCGUGGAGAUGCUGUGUGUUCUAGACACAGAGAAUCAGAUCAGCCUGGACAGAAUACAGCCCACCUUACCUUUAUACAUCAGCAGGGAGUCAGGAGUUUGAUCAGAGGGGACGACUGCACUUCCACCCUUUUUCCUCUCUGUGCAUCCACUCAAAGUAAUAAAAGGUUAAGUAAAAUAAGAUCUUUUUCUGAGCUUUGACGAGUUUGUCAGAACUUAUUUUGGUUUCAGGUGACAUCUCCAACGGUAGCAUCAGCAUGUGAAACACAACUUUUCUCCUCCUGAACAUGUUAUUCUCUCAUUAAAAGAAAUCAACGUAUUUUAAUACGGUACGGCCUGUGUGUGAUGUCCAAAAGCUUGUCACUGCGGAAUGUUGUUGUUUUUUUGUAAAUAAAGUUUAACAUUUUUGAAUUAAUGUACAUUAUAUACAGAUGAACCUUAAGUAAUAAAUUCUGAUCAAUAUGAAUAAAUACUGAAAUCUUCAAACUU